CGGACAUAUUGUUAAGGAGUUAGCUGCAAGAUAGCUACCACAAAAAGAGACCGUUGCUGAUAUGACAGGCUCAAAACAAGACAGGGGAUGGGCAUGGAUGGUAACAUUUGCUGUAAUGGUCCAGAACUUUUUUGUUGUCGGCUUACUGAAGUCGUUCGGUAUCCUCUUCGUUGAGUUCAGAGAAACCUUCCACACAACUGCGUCAAUGACGUCGGCCAUUCUUGGUAUGCAAGCGGCUGCCUUCUGUCUAGCUGCUCCAAUCUGCCUUCAUCUUUUUGCGCGCAAAUUCAGCUACAGACAGCUCAUGUUCUUUGGAGCCAUAACGUCGUCUACAGGAAUAGCAAUGAGCUUUGUGGCCUCAGAUAUGGUAUACCUCCUGUUCUCCUGCGGUGCAAUGAUUGGGGUCGGGAAUGCCUUCAUGCACGGACCAAGCCUAGUCAUGGUCGGUCUGUAUUUCAACAGGCGGUUAAGCCUCGCAAAUAGUAUAGCCAUUGGAGGUGGGAGUUUAGGACAAUUUGCCUUCCCACCUCUAUUGUACAUUCUCUUUGAAACGUACGGUUUAAGAGGCACUCUUUUACUGAUAGGGGGAUUAAUGUUACAUUGCUGUCUAAGUGCUGCUAUAAUGAGGCCCUUCAAAACCCCGACAUGUGACGCCAAACAGGGCCAGUGUGAGGAAUGUCAACCGCUUACAUCUCAUCAAAGUCGUCAGGAUGAAGAGGACGAAAAAUGGAAAGAGAGGGAUUUGUUUCCGACAGUAAUCACUUGCAAACAUGCUGGACUAGAUGUUAAGGAGGUGGAUGUAAAUGAGAAAUAUCCUCAAAUCAAAGCUAUGGAAACACCAAGAACAGAAGUGGCAAAGACUGGCUGUAACGUUCAUCACGACGUGGAUAACAGAAACACCUGCUGCUUAACAAACUUGAUAGAUCUUUCAUUGUGUCGGAAUCCUGUAUUUGUUUUGCUGCAAAUUGCAUCAGCUCUUGCUAAUGUUGGCUGUACACUGCAGACUAUUUACAUUGUACCCCAUUCGAGAGAUCUCGGCUUUGACGAGAAGAUGACGUCGCUCCUGGUUACAAUUAUUGGAGCAGCUGACAUAGUUGGAAAACUUUCCUGUGGAUUAUUGGCAGACACAGGCUUUAUAAAACGUUACAAGCUGCUUGUUAUAUCACUGAUCAUAAGUGGAACCCUGGCACAAUUUAUGUCAUUCCUGGCUUCUACAACAACCAUUAUUCUAUAUUGUGUGGUGAUUGGUCUGGCUGGAGGGUGCUACUUCUCCCUGUUGUCCCCAGUGUUAAUCGACUUUUUUGGAAUCAACAACCUGCCACGCUCCCUCGGCAUUACGUUGUGUUGUGAGGGAAUAGCCAGCACAGUAGGACCCGUGCUUCUUGGUUACCUGAAAGAUUCUACAGGGACCUACCUGGCAUCAUUUCAUCUGGUGGGGUCGUUCCUACUUGUAGCCUCAUUAUUACUCAUCUGUACAAAAUUCGUCAAAAGAAGUCCUGCAGCGAGAGUGAAUUCAGCGAGAACAAGUGAAUAACUGGUCCUGUAUGUAAUGUAUGCAUGUCCAUAUUCAGAGUAAUAAAUGACACAACAGGUAACACUG